AUGGCAACUCCCGCCCUCCCCCCGAACGAUCCACGGGACUACCAGAACAUUGUUCACUUCGUGCAACCGCCACAGAAGGAGCCGGAGGCAGACCUGACGACGUUUGUCUGUUUGCCGCUGGUGCUGGGGGCGGUGAUGCUGCAGAUGCACUUUCUCUUUUACGUCUGUUUUCUGUUGAUCAUCUCCAGCUGGCUGGGCUCCAAGUACGGGGAAUUCAACUUCCAGCAGUACUCCUCUGUCAUCAUGAUGUGCUCCAUGGGUUUCAUCAUGCCCAUGCUCCAGGGCAAGCCGACGCGACCCGUCGCCUCGCCCUCGCCCCCUGCGUGA